CAGCUCCCUGUCGUCCCUCCUGAGGCAGACAUCUCGCCCAUCCUCUGCCCGCUCUCCAUGGCCGCCUGCCCGAUCUCGGAGGCGGUCCCGACCAGUCUGGAGGAGUGGGUCCAGCAGGGCUUCGAGUGUGUAGACCUCCGCGAGGACCUCACCUCGUGCGGUGGCUGCGGCGCUGUCGACGUUCAACAUGACUGUACCGCUAUCCCGAACGCCCUCGGCGUCUCGUGUGAGGUGGGGACCUGCCGCGUGCAGUCGUGCAGGCCGGGGUUCACGCCCGCGCUCGACGGAAAGGGCUGCAUCUCCACCGCUUGA